UUUUUUUCUAUUUAUCUUUUUACAAUAUUAAUUAUUUUACAUAUAUUUAUUAUCCUGUAUACAUAUAAUGUUUCUGUUAUUUUAUUUUUUUUUUCAAAGGAAAGAGGUGCAGUCAAAAAACUACAAAAUAUUGUAAAAGAUCAUGAAGAACGUCUUAGAAAACUUCAAGUAGCUCAAGAUGAAGAUCAAUUUAAAGCUGAGUUAAUUACAAAUAACUUGGAUAUUGUUGAUAAUACUAUACAGUUGAUAAGAAGAGCAGUUGCUAAACAAUUACAUUGGGAUGAAAUUUGGGAAAUGAUAAAACAAUUAAAUUGUGAAGAUGAUGGAAAAACCUACGCUAUUGUAAAUAGCAUAAAAUUAAAUGUUAAUCACAUAACUCUUGAAUUAUAGUAUGUUGAGCUUAGUUAAUAUAUUGCAUACUCUGUUAUUAUAAUAAUUAAUAUUAUUAUUUAGUGAUCCUUAUAAUGAAGAAAAACAAAAUGAUUGUGAUAAGAAAUUAAUUGAUAUAGAUUUGGGUCAGUCUGCUUUUGGUAAUGCUCAAAGGUAUGUUAAAUUAAUUGAAUAUAAAAUACAUUUGUAAUUGGGCAACAGUCUAUUUAUUUCGAAUACAAUUAUUAUAAGAGUACACAUAUAUUUAUGUUUUUUAACUUAAUAGAUACUACGGAUCAAAAAAACAAUCUGCUCUCAAAGAACAAAAAACAAUUGAUUCAUCAAGUACAGUUUUAAAAAUGGCUGAAAAAAAAACAAAACAAACUUUGAAAGACAUUCAGGUUGUUGCUUCUAUAAAUAAAGUUCGCAAAACAUACUGGUUUGAAAAGUUUUUCUGGUUUAUAUCUUCUGAAAAUUAUUUAGGUAAAAUGUAUUAUUGGUUUUUUUUUUUCAUGGCUACAUUAGCAAUUCAUUUUCUGAUAAAUCACUGUAUAUUUAUAUGUAUCUACUAUCCAUUAUAUAUUAUAUUGUUGCUUAAAAAGAAUAAUUGUAUACUUAGUUUUUAUUUUUAUUUUGUAUCAAUAUUUUUGUUUAGUCAUUGCUGGACGUGAUGCUCAUCAAAAUGAAGUAAUUGUUAAACGAUAUAUGAAACCAUCUGAUGUGUAUGUCCAUGCUGGUUAUAGUGGUGCUACUACUGUUGUAAUUAAAAAUCCUAGUAGUCAACCUGUCCCACCAGCAACUCUUAAUGAAGCAGGUGUUAUGGCAACUUCAUACAGGUACAUAGUAUAUACGAGGGCGUACCCAAAAAAAAAAACCGAACUAUUUUUGUACAAAGUUAUUUAUUUAAUUUUUUUUCAAAAAACAUUUAAUCUCUUUCAAAAUACUCUCCGUUGGAGUUAAUGCACUUGUCCAAUUUUCAAAGCACUUUUUAAACUCAUCUUUUGUGAUGCCUGCCAACGCCUCCAUUGUUUCUUUUUUAACUUCAUCAAUGUCUGCGAAACGCUUUUCUUUCAUGUUCCUUUUCAUUCUGGGGAAUAAAAAGAAGUCGCAGGGAGACAGGUCGGGUGAAUAGGGUGGAUGGGACACAGUGGUCAUAUCAUUUUUGGUCAAAGAAAGGGCUGUGUGAGCAAGAGCAUUGUCGUGAUGAAAAAACCAGUCUCCUGACUGCCACAAAUCAGGUCUUUUUCGCCUCAAACUGUUGCGUAAUCUUUUUAACACCUCUAGGUAUAAUGCCUGGUUAACUGUCUGACCGGGUGGAACAAACUCCGAAUGGAUGACUCUUCUUACAUCAAAAAAACAAAUGAGCAUUGUCUUAAUGUUUGACCUCACUUGACGAGCUUUUUUAGGGCGAGGCGAUGCUGGAGUCUUCCAUUGGCUCGAUUGUUGNAGCACCAUGAUUCGUCAUCUGUAAUGACCUUGGAAAAAAAGUUUGGGUCAUUUUGGAAUUCUUCUUUCAAAGAAGAGCAUGAUUCCACGCGGCCUUGUUUUUGCUGCUCAGUUAGCAGUCGAGGAACAAAUUUUGCAGCCACCCGUCUCAUCCCCAAAUCUUCACUUAAAAUUCUUUGUACUGAACUGCAUGUCACACCAGAUCUCUCCACUACUUCUUCGAUGGUUUGCCAUCAAUCUUCCAGGAUAAUUUUGUGAAUUUUUUCUACAUUUUCGUUGGUUUGCGCCAUCGAAGCGAGGUUGGUCGUCUAUCGACAUUUCACCACUUUUGAAAUGGGAAAACCACUCAAAUACUUGAUUUUUCCCUAAAACAUCACCUUUAUAAGCUGUUUUCAACAUCUCAAGGGUUUCUGUGCCUGUUUUCCCGAGCAGGAAGCAAAACUUGACGGUCGCGCGCUGUUCACGCAAAUCAGCCAUUACAAAAACGAUGAAUAUGAAAAAUAACUUUUAAAAAAAAUAUCAUACCAAUGUAACAACCUUCCACAAUGACAGCCAUUGGCAUAUUGAAUGUUCAGAAGUAUAUUUAUUCCCCCCCACUGGAAAAACAUCGGUACUAUUAAAACUCUGUCCCACACAACAUCAGUUCAGUUUCUUUUGGAUACGCUCUCGUAAGUAGUAGGAACAAGUUGUGAUUUAUUAUUGUAAAUUUACAGUGUUUCUUGGACUAUGAAAAUGAAUUUGCAAAAUGCGUUUUGGGUAAAACCUGAACAAGUAACUAAGACAGCACCUACAGGAGAAUAUUUAACAACUGGCAGCUUUAUGAUACGCGGUAAAAAAAAUUAUCUACCAGCAUCUCAUCUUAUAUUAGGUUUGAGCUUUCUUUUUAAACUGGAGGAUAGCUCAGUUGCAAGGUAGAUAAUAUUAUAAUGUUUUACAAUGAUAUAAAAUUAUAACACCUCAAUAUCUAAAUAUUUUUACUAAGACAUGCAAAUGAACGUAAAGUUAAGGGUAUGGAAUGUGAAGACUUAAAUUAUGCCAUAGAAAAUAAUGAGAACUUUGUAAAUAUUUCAAGUGAUAAUGAAAGUGAUGAAGGUAAUUAAAAAAAAAAAAUUGUAUUACUGUUAUGAAUUUAUAAUACCUUUUGUAAAGAUUUAAUUAUAAUAAUAUUAUUUUACAGAAGAUUUAAAGAAACUUGCUGAACACAAAAAAGUUUUAGACAUACUAACAAAAGAACAUUCAGAAGAAGUAGAUUUCAGUUCUAACAAUGAACCAUCAGAAAAGUAAUUUUUAUUUUAAACUGAAUUUGAAUUUUUUAUACUUCUAAAUAGAGAAUUACUGGUUAAUUUAAAACAACUAAUUAUUUCAUUCUUGUAAAUUUUAAAACUUCUCCCAAAAAUUAAUUUUUAAUUAACAAAAAUAAAUUAUUUAAUAGCGUAUUAUUCUUCAAUUUUUCACCCAGUACCUUUAAACCUUUAAAAUGUGGAAUUUCUGCUAGCUGUAUUUGCUAUGUAAAAUCCAUCAACAUUUUCAGUAAUUCAUCCCUAAAACUUUUUUUGUUGUUUGUUUCUCAAUUACCCACCAGUUUAUUUGAAAAUAAUUCAUACCAUUCAUGAAGUGUAUAAAUGGUAAAUUAAUGGUAAAUGCUAUGAUGCUAUGGGUGGCAAGUAGAUGGUUAAAAGUUAUUGAAAUAAAGAAAAAGAGUGGAAUAAGAAAGUGGAAGUUUGUUGAGUGGGAUGUAGUAGAGAUAUAAUUUAAUUUGGUAUAGGGAAAUAUACAAUGUCUAAUAUUCUUAUAAAGACAUUUAUUAACUACACUAUAUUAUUGUUAUUAAUAGAUGUAUUCUAAAUACUGACUAAAAAAAAUGUAUUAUAAUACCAAUUACAUUUUAGCUUUCCUCAUUAAUAAUCAGGAAUAAACUAAUAGAAUAUGCUGUUUUUAUUAAAAGUAUUGCUAUAUUUUGUUCAGUAUAACUGAUGAUAUAGAUACAACAAGUGUUCCAAAUGAUCAUGAAGUUCAAAAAUCUAGUGAAAUAUGUCAAAAUGAAUCUUCAGAUAGUGAUUGUGAUAAUAAUGAUGAAGAAUCUAAUGAAAUCAGUGAAUCUGGUAUGAUUUAAUUGUUUAAAUUUACUUAAAUAAAUAUUUGUUUUAUAUUUUCAGUAUUUUCUAAUUUAGAUAUUAAUUUAUUUAUUUAUCAAAGAAUUCAACUUUUAAUAAUUAUAUAGCUCUAUUUUUAAGCAGUAUUAUAAUUUCUAAUCAAUAUUUAAUUGGUAUAAAAUUGAAUUGUUUAAUAGUUAAUUCCAUUUAACCUUUAAAACAAAAAAAUUGUAACCAAAUUAAUUAAAAUUGAAUGGAUCAAAUGGAAACUAAAAAGAUAGAAUUAAUGAAAAGUUGCUUACAAACAAAAAUUAAUUGUAAAACCAAUAACACUAUUAUUAUUCCUCACUACAGAAUCUAAAAUAUUAAAAUAGGCUGAAAGCCUGAACAAACUCAUGCAGAAUAUCUGACCAAUUUAUACCUAAUAAAUGUAAUAUAUAAAUGUAUGAAUUCUGGUAUUAGUUAUUAUCAAUAAACUUUUAAAGCAUAAUAAUAGCAAACCCAAUCAACAUAUAAUUCUUAAUUAUUAUAUUUUUAAUAAAAGAUAAGAUAAGAUUUUUCUUACUGAUUUAAGAUUUUGUAUUCAGAAUAACAUUUUACCAUACAAUUGAAUAAUAAUAAUUUAUUACAUAUAGUAAAAGCAGGGCUCAAAAAUUGUAGAUAGUGGCAGAUUUAAUAUAGGGUCCAGGGGUUCUCUAACCCACACUUAAUUUUUGAUGGUAAAUUGGUUUUUUGGCUCUAAAAAAAAAAAAUUUAAAUUAACACGUAGCAGAAAAACAGUAAUUAUCAGUAAUGUUAAUUUCAUAUCUAAUUCUAUUCUACGUUUUAUCCCCAAUAGUUCCCUUAUAUCCCCAUUAUUGUUUACAAAGUAUGACAAACAAUCAACCUCUCAUUAAAUUUUCAAGCAUUUAUUUUUAAUAUUUAAUAAUUUUAUCCACAGAGUACUUCUCAAAUAACAAAACUCACAAAAUUAAUUUUUUGAUAAGCAGCAUGAAAAUUUCUAAAAUAUUUUGAAAAUUUAACCAUGGCUAAAAAAUACAAAUAUAAUUUUUCUGUUCAAAUUUCAAGUCUUUACAAAUACUUUUAAUUGAAUCACAACAAAAUUGAUAAUAAUACAUUUUGAACAUUUUCCCAUUUUUCCUACUUUUUCCUUCCAAUCAUUAUAAAAACCAAUAGAAAAUCACUGGUGGUAAGAUUUUCAUUUUGUAUUUUUUGAUUUCAUUUUUGUUUCAUGUCAAGUAUACAAUAUAGAACUAAUUAUUAAUAGUAUUAUAAUAUUUGUGUUAUUUAUAAUUGAUUUUUUUUUCUUUUUAAGAACCAAAAAUAAUUGAACCAGUUAAACCUCUGAUUUUGAAACGUGGACAGCGUGGGAAAUUAAAGAGAAUUAAAGAAAAAUAUAAAGACCAAGAUGAAGAUGAAAGAGAAAUGAGAAUUAGGCUUCUACAGGUAUAUUAAUGUUAAUUUAUAAUGUAUUGUGUAAUAUAUUAUAAAUUAUUAUUAUUAUUUAUGUAUUAAAAAUUCAAAGUAAAAUUCAAUGAGCUAUUGAUAAUGUUAACUAGUUAACACUUUAAAAAUAUUAAAAAUUAAUAACAAACUCAUAUAAUAAUAUGUAUUCUUUAUAUUAAUAUAUUUAUUACAUCAUUAGUAUAGUAAAUAAAUAUAUAAAUAAAACAUUUAUAAAUAUAAAAAAAAUAAAUAAAAGAAUGAAUGCCUCGCCUGGAGUACUAUGAUAAUACACUUAUCAUAAUGCUGUGUCUUACAUGAAUGCGACAAACAAUGUCUGAACAAUGCAAUUCGCGUUAUUGUCUGUCAAUGAGAUGAUUGCAGUAGUGUCCAAUGUAAAUAGGAAUGAUGAACGAGAAAUUAUAUAUUGUGUAUUAUAUACAAUAUAUACAAUAUUACAAAUUGUGUUGUGUUUAGUCCAUCAUUUGUAUACAUCUUCAAUUACAUUCAGGUGGUUACUUUUUACUAAAAUUACUAUUUAAAUAUUAAUAAAAAUGUUGAAUUUUGAACAAAAAUUGUUUCUUACUGAAAAUAAAAUUUAGUGCUUUACAGCUUUGCAGUAAUUUACAUUACUGUACAUAUAUCUGUCAUAAUAUUAAUUAAUACAAUAAGUAGAUAAUAAAUAUUAUCAUAAUAAUUCUUAUUAUACAAUAUUACUGAUAUCAUUAUUAUAUUUCAUUUUGUACCAAAUCAGACUAUUAAAUUAUGUUUCUGCAACUGUACAUAAAUAUUUUAUAAAAUUAAAAUACUAUCCAUAUUUCUUCUUUUUGCGACUAUAUUCCACUCUUUGUCAGCGAUAAUUCUGUCCCUAUACUUUCUAUCAAAUUUGUUUUACAAAACAUUUUUUUUGAACUUAUGAUGUAAGAAGUUCUAUUUGUUAUUCCAUGUUAUGUUCCAUACUAAGCAAUGAAUAUUCAAAUUAAAUUAAAAUAAUAAUAAUGUGCAGGACACUGUGUUCGCUCCAGGUAACGCAUUUAUUCAAUUAUUUAUUUUAUUUUUAUAUAUAAAUUUAUUUACUAUAUGUAUUUACCAGUAUUAAACAUUUUAAUAAUUUUGUUUUUACUUUAUUAUUUUGUUACUUCAUGAUUAUUACUAAUUUAUUAUUAGAAAUGAUAUUAAUUAAAAUUUGUUAAUUUUAAUUGACAAUAUAUUAUAACCCAAGUGUUAACUGUUAUACAAUAAGAAUUAAAAUGUUUAAUUUUAUUUUAGUCAUCAAUGAAUGAAGAUAAGAAACUUAAACGAGCCAAAAAGAAAGACAAGAAGAAUAAAAAGUCAAUUGAUAUUAAAAAUAAGGCUUCUAAAAAUAAACAUAUAUUGACUAAGCCUUUGUCAAUUGUCAAAGAAAUACCAACAGAAUCAGUUAUAUUUGAAGAUCCAAAAGAGUCAAACAAAGAAUCUAAAGGUAAUGGAAGUUCUGAUGAUGAUGACACAGAUAAGCAGUUAACAGAUUUGUCUGAGAUACAAAUUUUAGAUUCAUUAACUGGUAUACCAAAUGCUGAAGAUGAAUUACUUUUUGCUGUACCAGUAGUUGCACCUUAUAGUGCUUUAACAAAUUAUAAGUAAUUAUUGAAAAUACUUGUGUAUUAUGUUUAAAUAUAAGUAUAACUAAAACUAUAUUUAUUUUUAAUUUAUUAGAUACAAGUUGAAAUUAACACCUGGUAACACUAAACGAGGUAAAGCAUCAAAGACUUGUUUAAAUCUUUUUUUAAAAGAUAAGACAGCAACUAGCAGAGAAAAAAACUUGAUUAAAAGUGUUAACUUACAGGAUAUUGCUAGAAACAUACCUAAUGGAGUUAAAUUGUCAGCUCCAUCUCUCAGUAAAGUUCUUAAUAAAUAAAUAAUUAUGCUUGUUGGCAUUUUAUAUACUGAUAUUUUGUGUUUUAUUUAUGAACUAAACAGUAUUGACUGAUGAAUGAUAUGUAAAAAAGACUUAUACUUGUAGUUGAAUUAAAAAUAUUUUAUUCUCCCCUACCCCCAUCAACUUUAUUUAUGUUUUUCAGCAUUAGUUUAAUUACUUGUUAGUUAUAACUUAGAAGUUAUAUGGAAUGCUAUUUGACUUAAAAUAUCAUGUAAUUCUAUACAGUGUAUACUUAAACCAUUAUUAUCAAGUAAAUUAAUGGUUACUUUUCAGUGUUAAAAAUUAUUGGCCUUUAGCACACAGCAUAUUAUUUUGGUUAAUCAAAUUACAACUACCAAUUUUGAAGUAAAUAAUAUUUUCAUUUAAAUUGAAUAAUCAAAAAUAUAGCUAUAGCUUAUAUACAAUAAACUAUAUAUUUUAUUAUAUUAGUU